ACAGCUCUAUGGACUCUCCUUCUGCGUCAUGAAACAACAUUACUUUAUAGAUCUGGAGAAGACAUGGGAUGAUGCGCGCCAAUACUGCAGAAAUUACUUUUAUGACCUGUCCACCUUCACCAAUGAGACUGAGAACCAGCAGUUUUUAGAAGAUACAACUGUUCAAACUUUUGUCAACUGGAUUGGUCUCCACAAAGAAUCAGGAAUCUGGAAGUGGACAGGAGGUGAAAACGCAACACAAACAAUCUAUGAUUUUUAUGCUGAAGCAACAAAGGGAAACUGUGGCUUUUUUAUAGGCCUUACAUUACAAUUCCUAUAUAGUAGAGAAUGCAGUUAUAAUGCCCCCUUCUUCUGUAUGCGAGUAUUUGAGAUUGUUGUGGUUCAGCAGACUGAGACCUGGGAGACAGCACUAGAUUAUUGCAGAGAUCAUUAUGAUGAUCUGGCAUCUCUGAGCUCAAUCAGAAGCAUGGAUUACGCUCUAGGUAAAACCACAGAAGCUCAAACACAAUAUGUUUGGAUUGGUCUGCGCUUUCUAGCAGGGCAAUGGUUUUGGGUCAGCGGAGAUGAUUUUAAAUACAAGGCCUGGUCUGCAGCUGGAGAGCUCCAAUGUCCUGCCAGAAACCAACGCUGUGGAGCCCUGGACACAAGCACAAAGAUCUGGACACCUAGAGACUGUCAGGAGAAGCUCAACUUCUUGUGCUUUAGUCUUCCUUAAAGGCUAUAUCACCAGUACAUUGAUCUGAAAGCCCAGACUGUAGCUAUGGUGGAUAGAUAUAGUAGCAAUUCGGGAUGGGGUUGGUGAGGUUGGUUGUAAUGUACAUUAUGACAUAUUUGACAUUUAUUUUGUAUAUACUUAACUUCUUUAAAUAUGUAUUUGUCAUCAAAUAUAUAUUACAAAAUGUGUUCUGUUAUUGUCCAGGACCU